AUUAUGAUCCAACUUUUUAAAAAAUAAAAAUGGCAGCGCCCACAACAGAUGCUUCGCAUCAAGCAACUUUCAAGCGCUUGCUUGAUAAAGAAACUAAAGGACAAGUUAAAAAAGUUACUCACAAACACAUGCUUUGCUCUGAUGUACCAUGGCCACGACCAGAUGAUUGCAUACAGAAAAAAAUAGUAUCCAAAUUAACAGAAAAACUGAAAAGCUUGCCGAAUAUCUUUAAAUCCCCAAAAAACACACCCAAAGAGGAUCUGGUCAAAAAAAGCAAAAUCAGGUCACAGCUUACCAUUGGCACUUCCUGUGUGUUUCGUGCUCUGGAACGAGAUCAGUUAACAUGUGUUCUCUUGUCUGGGGAAGCAACACCUGCCAUCAUUGUCAACCAUGUGAUAUCGCUGUGCCAGGAAAAAGGCUGCCCACUUGUGUGUGUUAACCAGUUAGCCCCCUCAGUAGCUGCAAGUACAGACUCAAAGUGUUUUCCGUUGGCCAUUGGAUUUAAAAAACUAGACAACAAUUCAGAAUCAGAUUUUACUGAAAUAAUAUCAUUGAUAAGAGAAGUUAGCUCCACCAAACCUCAUGCUCCUGUUAAAACAAGUGAAACACCAGCACAGGGUAGUAAUCCAGCACAGUCUCACAAUAUCAGACCUUGCAGAGUAAAUAAAAAUGAUGAGUCAGAUAUCCUUGAAGAAAUAAAAAGGGUAUUUGGAUCAUUAGUAAUUCAGGGUCAGGAUGUAAAGCCAGACAUAAAACAGAAAAGGAAAAAAAAGAAACCAAAGGGAAACCUGAAGGAUUGUUUUGACAAACAAUCUCACCAGCAGUUUGAUUUUGGAAGGAACACUGUGUUUGAUUUUCUUCAGAGAGGAAAGCUAGAAUUGGUUUUAAUCUCAGAGGAAAUGGUACCAAUUUUACAAGCAGAGCAUGCCGCUCGUUCCUUUUUGUUGGCUGCAUCCCAAUCAAAAUGUCCAGUCAUUGUUGUCCCAGGUCUGGUCCAGGUGUUCAGAGCAUUGUGCCAGGGGUGUGUUUCUGUUUUAGGGGUCAAGAAGCACUCAAACCUUUCACCAGAUAGCCCUGCACAUUUCCAAGUUCUCAUAGACAAGUGUUUAAAGGCCCUGGCCAGUCCUGACUGUACAACAAACAGUGGAGCACUGCCGUCAGCUGUAGGUAUAGAGGGCGAUCUCCAGCUGUCAGGUGAUAAUACGGUGCAAAGCAUGGACACUGUCCAGGCAUCAGGCGAGGUAACGCAAAACGUUCUGGCGUCAGGUGAAACAGCGCAAGACAUGACACCUGCUGAAGAGGACUAUUCCUACCUGUAUGUGCUGAAAAAAGACUCCCUAGACCUGAAAGACGUCCUGUCAAAGUACAAAGAGGAAGAAGAGAAAACCAAAAAAAACUUGACAUUUUCAUCAGAUUUCAUCCAACUCUCAUCAUCAAGUUCCCCAGCUGCUCUGGGUAAGGUUGAGCCGGUGAGAAAAGAAAACAAAACUACUCCCAAACAAGGGAAAAGAAAACUCCAGACCACAGCUGUCAUUUCAAACAGCAGUCAGGCUGUUCAUUCAGCUCAGCCUGUUGCUGCUGGGGAGUUCAUUUCUUUCUCUUCUGGUACCUGUGAUGAAACAGGCAGCCAAAAGCUGACAAGUCAAGUUGAAGACCCUCCCAUGUUUGCUAUAUCUAGAGCUGGGAGUCAUGAUUUAACAAAGUCAGGUACAGCACCACCUGACCAUUCAGAAAGUAGUGACACUCCCAUGUUUGCUAUAUCUAGAGCUGGGAAUCAUGACUUAACAAAGUCAGGUACAGCACCACCUGACCACUCAGAAAGUAGUGACACUCCUAUAUUUGCUAUAUCCAGAGCUGGGAGUCAUGACUUUAAAAAGGCAGAAAGUCAUGACUUAACCAAGUCAAGAAAAGCUGGAAAAAGUGUUCAGAAAAUUGAUGACGACGACGCCCAAGUACUUGGUGCCUUCAAAGCACCACAAGCCAACCCACCGGAUGUUCCUCAGUUUAUUUAUUUGCCCGUGUCUUCCAAGAAAAACCUCAAGAGGAAAUUAAAACAAGAGGAAGGAUUUAUAUCUAUUUCAUACAAUGAAGCAAAUAUAAAAACAAUGGUUUCCAAUCCGGAGAGGAGACGAAAGAAGAAAAAGAAGAAGAAAAACUGAUUCUGCAGUAGGAAUAUUGUUGAUGUAGUGUAUGCACUAUUAAAUAAAAGAUUUGCUAGAUAUAGAACUGUGUUUUAACUUGCUUUUCAUAAAAUACUUGACAAGAUUGUUUAUAAAAUAGGUCAGUGUUUCCUAAGGUCAUGGACGAUGAACUUGCAUCAUGUAAAUAAAACACUCUUGUAGCUAUGUUAAAAAAAAC